UGCUGGCUGAUGGUGCAGCUGCUAAAAUGGAAAAUCUUUACGUCGCGAGUCGCGCGUGUAGUCGAGAUUUUUGAAUUUUUCUACGUUUCGUAAAUUAUGUGCAAUUUAUAAUAAUUAAUUCAUUUUUAAAUAUCUACCAUAGGAAAGCGAGCAUAUAAGUGCGUUUAGGAAAAUAUACCUGUUAGUGUAGUUUGGUUUUGUCACAAAAAAAAAUAUAUAAAAUAUAUACAAAAUAGUGUGAAAAAAAAUAGAAAAUUAUUAGUAUUAAUAUGGCAUACAAGUGCAGAGAAGAGUUAGUGGGAAAAAGGUUUUUAAGUAUAGCUAGUGGAUUACCAAAUAAAGUAAAAGGGAAAGCCAGAGAUUGGAACUGGAGGGCGGGAGUUGUACGAGCUGCCACUCAUAGGGACCAUUCCAAUCAAGAGUUACAGGUUUUAGUCGAAUACGAUGAUGUUGAAUGGCAAAGAAGAGAAUGGAUAAGCGUAUAUAAGGACAAUCUUUUCCAAAUGUUUUUAAUCGAGCAGGCACUUGUUUGGACUGAAAGAAGAGAUCCUUACAGUUAUGGUACUGUUCUUUGGCCAGCGUUGACUUUUCUGCCAUUGGUCUCCAACUUGGAAAUCGCCAAUAACCUGCAACCGGUGGAGUUUCUUCUAGACAGAGAACUAACCUUCAAAGAAAAUAAAAGCUUAAAGCCGUAUAUUGAUUGGGACACAUCUCUACGUGGCGUAAAAGAUUAUCCGGAUUUACGCUUAGCUGCAAAACGAUGGACCGAACAACAAGACGGUCAAAAGAUCCUUUUGACCACCCCGAGUGUCCUCAUGGGUUACAGGGUGGAGGUUUAUAGGGCCGAGGGCACCACGCAAUGGUACACCGCUGUGAUAAUUGGCUACAACGAAGCUACACGGGACCUGACACUUACAGAUGAUACUGUGCUUGAGGAGCAUAACGAGGAUCCUUCGUUGGUCCAGAUGCGUCUUAUUGGAGAUGGAGUUGUGGAAUCGAUUAUGAGAGGUGAAAAUGUUGGUAUUACGCCGAGAAGGUCAAGAUCUUCUUUGCUGCAUCAGCAGAAUAAUCAGCUUCUUCAAAACCAUCGACUCUACCGCGGAUUGACAGGCGUGAACCACGGAUGUCACUCAAACCUAACAGGUCGCAGACCAAGACAAGUGAGAGCCGGACAAUCGCCAGAACCACCCGAUAAAGGUAAAUGCAAAAGAAACCAUCCACGUAAUGCUCAGAAAGGUUGUGGUCAAUCAACAAAAACCCAAAAACGUAAAGCCUGCAACAGCGACCCCCCAUCCGAACCAACAAAGCCCCGCUACCCAAACUGCGUAAAAGAAGAUUUAGAAAACAAACAACAAUCUCGCAGAAAAAACCACAAACUCAAGAAGAAAGUCCUUGAGGAGGCAAACAAUUCGAAACUCCGAGAGAUCGAGGUCGUUGUUGAGGACUGUUUACAAAACGGAAGUUACAGGAUCGAAAACGAUCCUGAGACUGUAACUAAUGCGGUAAAUAAAGAAGUAGAAGAGAAAGCAAAUUGUGAUAACUUAAUAGAUCAAAACAGUGUGCAAGAUAGUAUAGUUAGUAGUGAAGCGACAGAAGUAGUGCAAUCUUCGAUAGGUGAUGGUAACGAUGUUUGUGAUAAGGCUAGUGAUCAGUGUGAUGAUGAUGAUGACGACGAGCGAGAGUCAUCAGUAGAUGAUACGGAACUCGAAGUGCCUGGUAAAGUGAAUAGUAGUGACGAAGGGAAUCAUUUUAGUGUCGCAAGGGAAGAGGAUAGUGCGAUAGUGGCGAAUCAAGAUAGAGAAGAGAUUGUAGGGAGUGCGAGCGCCGUCACGGAGGUUAUAUUUAGUAAUUUGAGUAAGGAAGGUGAUCGAGAAACGGAUUGCUCAAUUAGAGGUGACGAUGACGGUCCACUGUGUUCGUCCUCGCCCCUCAGCAGUAGGAUGGACUUCAACGAAACCCCAAAUUCGCUCCGUUUUGCAGACGACCGUAGCGACUCUGGUGUAAGCUCACUCCGUUCAGGCAGUGGGGAUGAACGCUCUGGAUCCAGGUCCAGCGCGUUAAGUUCAUCCGACGAGCCGAACAACUCGACGCUCGGCGGCGGUCACAAUAAUCAGGGGCCGCCCCAAUUGCCGCCCGCCACCCGUUCGCCCCUGUACGUCCCGGCCGGCGGAGGAGGAGCAGCCGCCUCCGCCGCCCCUGCCGCCGUGCCGGUGCGCGUCUGGCGCGACCCCGGCCUGCUCCUACAGGAGGAGCCCCACGUCCGGCACGUGCAUAGCGUGCAGCAUCAGACCCUGCUAAUGUCGCACCCGCAGGUUCCCUCAACUGGCCCACAGCCGCCUACUUCGGCGCCCACCAGCCUCCCGGCAGCUCUCUAUCCCCCCGUGCCCUCCAUGGCUCCCCAUCCGCUUGCCCCCCAUGGUUUACCCAGUGUUGCCAGCCACCCCCAUUUGCCCCUGUUGCACCCCCCAUUUUCGGAAAUGAUUUGGAAGCAACAACAAUACGCCGCGGUUCCUACCCAUCUUUUAGGUGGACAACAGCCCUCCCACGCCCAAGAAGAUAUGGAAAGGGAAAGGUUGAUGCAAGACAGACAUACUGAAAGAAUGAUUAGACAAGAACAGCAACACAGAGAAAAAGAACGUUUAGAAAGGGAACGACAGGAGAGAGAAAAAAUGGAACGGGAAAGAGAAAAACAACAGCGGGAGGAAAAGGAGAGGCAAGAACAGGCGCAGGCUCUGCAUAACCAUUUCGAGAAGUCGUUGAGGAGGGCGGAGCAGCAGAAGAGGGUGCAGCAACAGCAACAACAGCAGCAGCAACAGCAACAAUGGAAUUCUAUGAAUAGUAGGCCACCUCAGAUGCGAACGACAAACUUGGCUGAGGAGGAUAGAAAACAAAACGAAUUGCACCAAAGGGAAAGGCAUUUAACUGUGAGGGCUAGUGAACCUAAUCAUAGGUCUUAUUAUGCUACGGUACCACCGAAAGCAAGUAUAUCAUCCAAAGGAGAGUACCCACCCCCGCCUGCGCACAGUAGACUCCAGCCAGGCAAAACGACUGAUAAGUUGACGAACAUUCAUCCGUCAAUGAUACCAAAAACAAGUGACUUGGCAAUGUACAACUACCAAGUCCACGCCUCCCCAAACGCCUUCUACGAACCAAAGAAAUCCUCAGACAUCCUCAAAACGACCCCGAGCGGCCUCGUCGUCUCCAAAACCAACGUGGACAACCGCGACCUGCCCAAUCCGCCGCCCUUAAUGAACGAAGGCAAAAGUUCUGUGAUCGUAAAACACGACCCGAAAACUCACCAUCCCGAGUCGCGGGUCUCGAUAGCACUUAGUCCCGGACCGAAAUUACGUAACGAACUGAUGGGCCAUUAUAUUACCGCCUCCGGUGGGGUGGGACAGAAAAGUAUGUACGAAUACCGCAGUCCCACGCAGAGUCCCCACGUGUUAAACCCGCAUUCGGCAAGUCCGCAUCACCAUAUGGAUACCGGGAAAUCGGGAGGUCAUAGAGGGGGCGGCGGUCAAUUGCCGAGUCCCCAUCACCAAAGACAGUCUCCACAUGGUGGUGUGGUGCAUCCCCAUGCGCAGCAACAUGCCACGUCGUCUGAAUUGGCGCGAUAUCGUCAAGAGGCAACGGCGGCUGCUGCCGCCGCUGCUGCUGCCGGGCAAGCGAUGAUUUAUCCUAAUAGUGCCAAAGGUAGCUACACGUUUAUGCCCUCGUCGACGGCGGCAUUUACUAUGGCCUCGACGCCGAGUCCAUCCGGGUCUAAGCCGAAAGUGUCUUCGCCGGCGCCCCAUCAAUUUUAUGGGAAACCGACGGCGGUGAGCGUGGUGCCGGUAACGAGGCCCCACGAGGCACAACCGCCCCCGCCUUCGAUCCAUAAACCGCCGCCGAUCGGGGCGAGCAUAUCGCCGUCCCCGUAUCAACAGGUGUCGCAGUACCAUCCGCCCGCCAUGGCGGCUUCGCCGGCAGUCAAUACGUGUCCGCCUCCGGCCCAUAGUAGUAAAACAACGUCGACCAUGAAUUACGAAAGACCGCCUUAUUCCACCGCUGUGAUGCCACCCGCAAGCCUAUCGGUAAAACUACUUAACCAACCGGGAACCUCUCCGCCCACCGCCGCUUCCGCCCCCCUAAGCAUCGCUCGAUCUUACCCAACCUACAGCAUAUCGCCCGGUCCGUCCGCGGUCGGUAUGCAACAAGUUCAAACGCAACCCUUGGACUUGGGUGUUAGUUCGAAUAAGUCCAGUGAUAAUCAACCCACGUCACCCAAACGCAAGAAUACGCAAGCAAUAGGUUCGCCGGUGUGUUUAGAAGUUAAAAAACGCCGAUUGGAUACCCCUCCGGGUAUUCCGCCGGGGAUGCCGCAAAGUUUUAAGACAUAUAACAACAGCGUCCCGCCAACGUUGGGUAUGAACUUGUCGAGUAUGCCGGGACAACUGCAAUUGGCACGGGUUAGUGAGCCCAGUCCCUUGAUCGCUAACGCUGCCACUACAUUGGUGAACAAUGCGGCAUACAGAUCCCCAGUAACAACCAUAAGCGGUAUCCAGUCGCCCACCUCCUUGACCGAAAACCUGCCCGACUUGAGUGUAACGGCGGUAACGGUGGAGGUACCCCGCCCCGCCAGCACAGAUUCCACGCAUUCCAUUCCAUUGAUUAAACCCGGUACUCCCUUGGGACCGCCGCCCAGUUCUAGUCCCGCCCCCGCCAGGAACACCAGUACGCCCAACAGUUUGCCGCCCAAACCGAUAACACCCAGUCCGAGUCCGUUAUCGGGCGGGAACAGUACGAUCGGAAUCAGUAAUAGUGCCCCGAAUACUCCCGGUGGUGGUGUGACGCAAAAUAGUGAGGAAUUAAUUACGGCCGCGGUCGGUGAGGAGAGUCCGCGUACUCCGAUUAAAACUAGUGGUAGUGUACCGCCGAGUGUCGUGGACUCUGAGAAAAGUAAUAGUCCGGGUCCGCAGAAGGGUGGUUCUGCCAGUGGCGGUACUACUUUGGGAACCGUUAGACAUCUAAAAAAGGCUUGGCUACAAAGGCACACAGGUGAAGAUCUCGAAGAUACCACAGGUUUAGUAGGAUCCGGUACGUGUGUGACCCUACCGCUCAACAUCGACACCCCCAGUCCGCCACCGCAAAAAAACGAGAAUCCUGUUAAUUCCAUUCAUUCGAUCGGCAGCAUGGCCGUAAACAGCAUAAACAAAAGCAAGAGUUUCCAAUCGAAACCGGGAAAUCGAAAACUAAAGGAGAACGUGAACGGGCAUCCGACCCCGUCGGGAAAGAACGGCGAUGAUUCGUCGAGUAGCGAUCAGGAGAGAGGCGGCAGGAAGAGUCCGCCCAAGAGGAAACCACCGAAGGUCAAGAGGAAAAAGGGAGCGCCCUCGUUGAAUAAGAAAGUGGCGGAGGAGAAGAAGAAGAAGGGUGAUAAAUUGCCGCCACAAAGCGAAAGCGGCAGCGACAGCGAAAAAGAGUCGGACAGCGCGAAAGACAGCGACUCGGGGGCGAGCACCACCGUGUCCGGAAAUGGGAAGAAACCGGGCGGAAAAGAGCCACGUAAACGAGGCAGAAGACCGAAGGGUUCAAAAAACGACAAGGGCGAGGAGCCGCGCGCGAAAAAACCUAAAGAAGAACCCCCGCGCGACCCCUUUCGCAAACCACCAGUGGGCGUUCUCAGGAAGACCGGCGAGAGUUUUUUACAAGACGGACCCUGUUUUGAGGUUGCACCAAGAUUAGCAAAGUGCAGGGAGUGUCGUUGGACCCCGAACCAGCGAAUCCGUAAUAUGCCAAACAUCUUUUGCCGUUUCUACGCGUUCAGAAAACUAAAGUACAACAAAAACGGCCAGUUGGCCAUCGCGGGAUUCAGUUCACCGAAGGAUGCGCUCGAGGACGACGUGAAAUUGUGGAUUCCCAACGUGGAAACUCCGCCGGCCGAUUUGGAUUUGGACACCUCAAAGUUCCUCUUGACGCAAGUCGGUGAUCAUUUUUGUGAUUUGUUAGUGCAGGAGAAGGAGGCUCAGGAAGAACUGAUGGCCGAAGAAAAAACCAUAGCAUGGAAACGAGUGGUCCAGGGAGUCCGAGAAAUGUGCGACGUAUGCGAAACCACCUUAUUCAACUUCCAUUGGGCAUGCGGAAAAUGCGGAUUCGUCGUAUGUCUCGAUUGCUACAAGAGUCGCAAAAAUGGCACGAUUAAGUCGUCAAACGAUCCCGGUAAAGACCGCGAUGAAUUCAUGUGGCUACUAUGCACCAAUCGGUCGUCGCACGAGCACGAAAAACUGAUGCUCACCCAAAUAAUCGCGGACGAUUGUUUAUUGAAACUCGGCAGGAUGGUGCACGAGAUGCGCGAUUUAUGGAAUAUCGAGCAGUUUUGCGCGUGUCCCAUCUCCAAAGAAGCGAAAAUUAACAAUCCCGAUUGCCGUGAAGCGGUGAAGAUGAUCCUAUCGGAAAAGAUGAACGGGGUGAAAAAGGAGCCGAAAGAAGAAUCGAAACCUGCGUUAAACGGCGUCAAAGACGAGAAAUCUUCGCUAAAUUGGCUGGCGGACGUCGCUUUAUCGAAAACCGAGGAGCCGACAGUGAAAAAAGAUACGAAAGACGAGGGUUCGAGCAGUGAGGAGGAGGGAAACUUUUCCACUUUGAGGGAGUUGCUUAUAAGACCCAGUCAUAAAGCCAACGGUUCAUCGAGGGCGGCCUCGCCGGUAUCGAAAACCGAUAAGAAAAAGUGCAAAUCGGAAAGCAAUCCGGAAUCCGACGUGGUAGUGACGACGGAUGCCCCGGUUAAAGUUGAAAAAGAAGACGCGGAAGAAAAAAUGGAACUGAAGCAUUUCUUGAGGCGCUACAAUUGGCUCCAUAAGGGCAGGCAACAGUUGCCGAUUAGGAUAAUGACGUUGACGGAGAGUAAGAUCCUGUAUCCUACUGUACCGCAUUCGUGGCUGUGUGAUGGAAAGCUUUUGAGACUGAGCGAUCCUACUUGUAUAGACAACGAAAAAAUAUUUAAGGAUCAAUGGAAACGUGGUCAACCUGUGAUAGUAUCGGACGUCUGCAAGACGAUCGACAGAGAUCUCUGGAGCCCGGAAGCGUUCGCUCGCGAUUUCGGCGACGAAAAGAACGAUCUGAUCAACUGCAUGACCGGCAACCUGGUCCCGAACCAGCCGAUGCGCAAAUUCUGGGAAGGUUUCGAGGACGCGUCGAAACGACUUAAAGACGACCGAGGCCAACCGAUGCUGCUUAAGUUGAAAGACUGGCCGCCGGGCGAAGAUUUCGCCGACAUGCUCCCCACGAGAUUCAAAGAUUUAAUGGCGGCGUUGCCGUUACAAGACUAUACCCAGAGGAGCGGACGCCUUAAUUUGGCCUCACGGUUGCCGGAUUGUUUCGUAAAACCGGACUUGGGACCUAAAAUGUAUAACGCUUACGGUUCCGCGUUGCACCCGAACAAAGGAACGACCAAUCUCCAUUUGGAUGUUAGCGAUGCGGUUAACGUGAUGGUUUAUGUGGGCAUACCGAAAGAUGGCGACACCGACGAGCAUAUUAAAGAAGCUUUUCGGGCCAUCGACGAAGCUGGAUGUGAUAUUUUAACGAGGCGACGGGUGCGGGACAAGGGUGAACUGCCGGGAGCAUUGUGGCACAUUUACAACGCCCGGGACGCCGAUAAAAUCCGGGAUUUAUUGAAUAAAGUGACCGUGGAACGGGGAGGAAGGCUGGAGCCGCAUAACGAUCCGAUUCAUGAUCAAAGCGGUUACCUGGACGGGCCUUUACGAGAAAGACUUUAUAAAGAAUAUGGGGUCGAGGGUUACGCAAUAGUUCAGUGUCUCGGAGAUGCGGUUUUCAUACCGGCCGGUGCUCCCCACCAGGUGCGAAAUCUUCACAAUUGCAUUAAGGUUGCCGAGGAUUUCGUUAGUCCGGAGAACGUGGCGCACUGUUUCCACUUGACUCAAGAGUUUCGCGGUCUGAGCGACACUCACACCAACCACGAGGACAAACUGCAGAUUAAGAAUAUUAUUUAUCAUGCCGUGAAAGACGCUUUGGGCACUUUGGGGUCGAUUGUGAACAAUCGGCUCGGUAGACGAGCUGUGGCGGUCGAUAAUCCCGACUCGUCGGCCGAAUGCGAUUCCGUGUAAUAAUAAUUAAAUUUUGUGUAAAUUGGAUGUAAAUACGCCGAUCCCGUUUCCACCCUAUAUAGGGUGUGCAGGUUUUUUAUAACAGGAGUUUAGUAGGUUCUAGAAAAAACUCAUUUGAAGACAAAACGCUCAUAGAAACAUAAAUGGCAAUGGGUGUGCAGUUUAAAAUUUGGUCUAAUUAUUAAAUAGUCCAGAAGCACAAUACAACAUCAGAUAUUACCUUUGCACGUUAGUUUUUGAGGUUUAGGGUGACAGAGUUUCAGGAACAAAAAUAUUUAGAAUGAAUAUUACUUUUAGGUGUUUUUAACUUUCGGGCAUGUUUGCUUUUAAUAAUAAUACACAGUGACGUCAAUCCUAUUACAAUUAAAGCAAAUUAAAUUAUUAUUGUAUUAUUAUCCUAAACAAACAUCAUUUAAAAAACUCAGUACUUUUUGUGUUAUGAUAAAAACAACACUUUUUUUCGUAAACUUGUAAACUGAAAAAUUGCGCAUAUAUGUUUAUAAAGACUUUUUGUCUUUAAAUCAUUUAUUCUGAAACCUAUUAAGUCCCACUUUAAAAACCCAUGGCUACCCCGUAUAAUGUACAUACUGGUAGACGACCCUGUACAAAGCAGACUUUAAAUUUGGUUGCAAGUUGCACGGUAAAACUUCCUGUUGUAGAUUUUUGUGUCUGUUCUGACACGCAGACCUUGUAUUUAGCCUGUUUACACUUUUUGUAUGUUGUGGCCGGAGGGGUCAGUUUUCGUUUAAAACUUGCCGAAGAGCACUAUUUUUUUUUUUCUGUAAAUUAACGCACUUCCUGAGGGUUAAUUUGGUUUUUUAGUGUUCACGGUGGGUUGUAUUAUCUAUUUAUGUCAAGUACCAGUGUUAUUUUUAAGAACGUGUAAUACUGUGCCUGUUGAAAAAAUUAUUAUAAUAUAAAUGGAUAUUUAAAAUUUACUUUUAUUAUAAACACCUCUGCUAAUGAAUAUUGUGUCUUUAAUGGAAAAGUAAAACACGAAAGUGCUAUUUAAAAGUGCCAAUCGAACUUUUUCCUUUUGUUUUCUCGACAAAUCAAAUAGAAUUUUCCCUUAUUUGUUCGUUUUUGCUACGGGGCAAUUUCGAUUAUUCAUACAGACAGCAUUGUUAUUGAAAAGUGAUCUCGAUUUUUUUUUGUUAAUAAAACGGUUGACGUUUUAAUUCCUUACAUUAAGCCGUGAGGCUUUUAUGGAAAUUUUUGUAUAGUUUAGUUUAUAACUUAUAAAUAUGUAUAUUGUUUCUAAAAAAACAGUAAUUUAUUUGCUUACAAGUUAUAUUGUACAGUUUGUAGGUUUGUAAGUUUUGUACAGAAAGUGUUUUCCUUUUUCAUCCCUCUCGAGGGAUAUAAUUUUUUUGUACUAUGUAUAUUAUGUAAGAAUAUAGGUUUGAAUAAAAAAUGUUUAUUACA